CCAGGGAUCUCUCUGGGGCUGGGGUGCAGUGACAGUCAGUGGGGCCAGGGGUCUCUCUGGGGCUGGCGGCGGUAUGGAGUCAGCACCUGGGCCCAGCUGUUUCCCCGGGGCAGUGACACCUCCCCCUGGCUGCUUGGUGGGAACGUCGCUUUGAGCAGCCAGAACAGGAGGGUGUUUUCUUGCCCAGCUGAACAUGCUGCGGGGCCCUAGCCACCGUGGCUCUGCCAUGCUCCUCCUCGGGCUGCUCCUGCCCCCCACCGCCUCCCGCGCCCACUGCCCAGGACGCCAGCAGCUGCCUGCAGCUCACAGAACCGAGCCCCUGGAGAUGACGCGAGUCCAGGCUCUUCGAACGCUCGGAGGCGGCAAAGGCCUCAGACUCCUGCCCCGGCCCUGGGGGUCGCACCCUGGCUCCACUGCUGUCAAACCCAGGCGCCUGUGGAUGGGGAUGGACCUGCUGGAGUUUUAGCUGAGUGGGGACAGGAUCAGGCCCUCCAAGGACGAUCCAGACGGUGCCCUGUGUGAUCAGGGCCCAGGCGCUGGGGGAAAGGGUCAUUUACAGGGCUUGGCUUGGAGAGGUUCACUAAGCGAUGGGGCUUCUCCCCCAGGCACGCUGAAGUCCACAUUGCCUUGCGUCAUCUGCCUCCGGAGAGCAGCUCUCAGCAGCCAGUCUGCACUGAGCCGCAGCGGGAAACGAAACCGACCGGGGAGCCAGGAAUCACAAGCAGGGCGUGCCAGGGCAAAGAGCCAGCUGGAGCUGCCGUGCAGCGACGGGGCCCUGCAAACGCCUGCAGCCGGGGCCACGCUCACACUGCCCUCCCCACUGCUCCUGCUGUAGACGUUGGCUGCAGCCCAGGCUCCCGCAAGGGGCUCUAAGCGGCGAGGGCCGGGCUAGGCCAGCUCCCAUGGCUCCGGAUCUCUACGAGACGCCCGCUCGGAAGCUGGAUAAGUUCAUUUUCGACGCUCUGCAGCCCGACAGCACGUUCCUGCGCCAGGCUGGCCAAGCCAUCGACACGAUCUGUGAGUUCCUGAAAAGAAACUGCUUCACCGACCGGCCCCCGCCCCGCAUCAAGGUGCUGAAGGUUGUGAAGGGUGGCUCCUUGGGCAAAGGCACGUCCCUGAAAAGCAGUUCCGAUGCCGACCUCGUGGUGUUCCUCAGCUGCUUCAAAGGGUACGACGACCAGGAGACGAACCGGGCCGGGAUCAUCAAGGAGAUCGAGAGGAUGCUGGAGAAGUGCCAGCAGCAGAGGCACUUUGAGGUGUUCAUUGAGCAGUCCCGGUGGCCGAACCCCCGUGUGCUGAGCUUCAUGAUGAGUUCCAAGACGCUCAAUGAAUCCAUCGAGUUUGACGUGCUGCCAGCCUACAAUGCCCUGUCCUCGGGUGCCAAGCCUCCCUCCCAGGUGUACGAGGAGCUGAUCCAGAGCUGCUCCCGGGGGGGCGAGUUCUCCACCUGCUUCACCGAGUUGCAGCGGGAUUUCGUGGUGGAUCGCCGCACCAAAGUGAAAAGCCUGAUCCGCCUGGUGAAAUACUGGUACAAGCAGCACAUCCGUCCGUACAAAGAGUACCUGGGAAAGGGGGAAUCCCUGCCCCCCCAGUACGCGCUGGAGCUCCUGUCUGUCUACGCAUGGGAGCAGGGCAGCAGGGAUCGAGCUUUCGACAUGGCCGAGGGCUUCCGGACGGUGCUGGAGCUGAUCCGGCAGUACAAGCAGCUCUGUGUCUAUUGGACCAUCAACUACAACUUUGCAGAUGAGGUCCUGGGAGGGUUCCUGCACCACCAGCUCCAGAAAGCCAGGCCCAUCAUCCUGGACCCGGCGGAUCCGACGGGGAUCGUGGGGGAGGGGAGCCGCUGGGACCUGGUGGCACAGGAGGCUGAGUGCUGCUGUCACCAGCAAUGCUGCAUGGACCUCUACGGCGUUCCUGUGCAGCCCUGGGACGUGUCGCCUGAGCAAACCCCCAAAGGGAGCAGGGGCUUUGAGAUCCACACCGGAGCGCAAGAACAUCCAGUCUCAGCACCUCAGCCUGGGCCAGCCUCCACCAGUAACGAAGCCAUGGCAGUCCAGCAGCCGUCCUUCUGCACCGUCCUCUGAGACACCUCUCCAGCCCUCCUUCCGGGGACGGCUCCGGCUGGGGGGCAGAAGGAAUGUGGACAGGAAGGGGGGGAAUUCUGGGGGCUCCCUCCAUUCCUACUUGUCAUGCUACCUUGAGCCAUGGGAGCUGGGCUGGCCUGGUCUCAUCUCCAGGAGGAUGUGGCCAGUUCCCGUAGUCCCCAUGUGGCAUGGUCCCCCUGCCCGUGAGUGGAUGGGAACACUGGAGCCUCCCUAUCCCAACACCAUCCUGCGCUCCUGGGCAGUCAGAGGAGAGAUCUCCCUAGCUGUGGGCAGCUCUUGAGAGUGAGCCAGGCCUGGGACCAUUCCACCGAGUACCCCGCCCCCAUGAGCAUUACGUCCUCAUCCCGCCCCCCCCAGGACAGGUCUCCUGUGCAGCUCCAGCCCUGGCCUGGUCUAUUCCCGUAUCUGUCUGCAUUCACCCUGAUCCUCCCCGUGAGCCUUAUGCGACUCUCCCUCUGCCGAGCCCACCUGCCUGCCAGGCCCUUCCGACAACGACAGGAUGGCGCGUCCUCCUCUAGCAAUGGACAACAGUGCGGCCUCUCUCUGGGUUGGCAGCGAGGUGAAUUAUGGGAUAGGUGAGGGAAUCCUGGCAUUAAAUCCCAGACUCCCUACAAUGCCAGGGGGUGUCAAUACACAGCAAAACUCCCCAUAAGGCAGGGAGCCAGCUGGGGUGUGGAAGAUGCUGGGAUACCUACCCAUAAUGCACCAUGCUUUAGCAAUGUGGUGUGUGAGCCCCGUAAGGUGCCCGCUGUGAGUUCAUUCCACCGGAAUAGCUUUUCCGGUUGCACUAUGUCGACGAUCUCACCCUGGUGCGAUGUGUGUAGACAAGGCCCCGGAGCGCUUCGCUCCCUGCGUUGUCACUGACACCGCGGCAGGGAGGGCGGGAAAUGCUAGUGACUCAGAGUGGCAGCGUUCGGACUCGCUCCACGCUGGCAUGAUGCCAGGGCAGGGGGGACUGGGGCCCCAGGUGCUAGCGCUGCUUCACCGGGGCUGGGGAAACAGAUAAACAGGUCCAAGAGCCCGGGGACGUUAUGGGGGGGAGGGGGAAGAAGAAUGUCAGGAAAACAAGAUUCACUGGCUGCUUCUCUAUUAACUUUGCACCCAGACUGGGAGUCAAAUGGGAGCAUCUCAAGGCCAAUUGCCUCCUUUCAGAGAACAGCCCUGCCCUUCUCCCUCUGUCUCCCUGCGCCAUCUCCCCGGCUGCCCAGCAUUUGUCCUCCGACUUCCACCUAAGGGCGGGGGCAAUUCCACUGACUGGCUCUGUGCAGCUGGUGGGGAGGUGGCUGUGAUCUCCAGGCAUUUCCCUUGGCAUUCGGAGAGCACUUGGGAGAUUUUUCCUCCCCUCCGGUCCCUGGUGGCAUCAGAAUCUACGAUGCAUUUUCUCUCUGUCCAGGGGUACUUCCCCUCUCUGCUGAUUGCUGAGUUAUUUGCCAUGUUAAUUGUUUACCAUGUUAAUUGCUUGGGGUGCAUGUGUGUGUUUGAGGGAUGACUUGGGGGGGGGGGGACCAUGUCCCCAGUGGGGCAUAUCCUUGUUUGAGUGAUGUCAUAAUGUUUGGGUCUACUACUGUACCCUCGGAGUGCGCUGAAUGGUGAGAAGUGAGUGAAAGUUCAUAACAUGGCACGACCUGUUGUCAUCAGUGCUGGUGUUCUGGGAGCAAAGGGAGCCGGACUGAAUUAAUCUAAACCAAACGGCCUCCUGACAUGACUCAACUCAAGGCCGGAGUUAAGAUCUUGCCUGGUAAACAAGAGAAGUGUGAGGCCAAAAAUCAAUCAGCCAAAAUGGGUGCAUCAGAAAUCAGGCCUAGAUAAUGAGGGGCUGGGCUGUUUCACCCACCACUCCAUUUUGGGGGGGCUGAAAAGAAAAGACUUUCUCUUUCCUACCCCUCGCCGUUUGCCUUCUGUUUAACAAGAGUCUGGCUUAGCCGCCCAGGACUGCACAUUUUGCAUCACUGCUGGGAGCCUUUGUCCAAAGAGGAGCUAAAAGCAAUGCCCUAAAUCGUCCGAUGCUGGUACAGGUUUGCCAGGAGCGGCUGAUUGGACCGUGUGCUCGGUGGGUUUCUCCAGCAGUGAGGAUGCAAAUGAGUCAGCACCAGAGACAGAGGCUGCAAUUUGUCUCUGUGCUGUGCUGUUCUCGCCCCUUGUGUGUGUUUGUCUUAAAGGAAGCAGGCUGGCACUUUAACCACAACAUCUCCAGACCAGCUCAACUCACUUUCUUCCCCCCCUCCCCAAACUGACAGUUGUUACCAUCUUAGAUAUCAUCCUAGAUACAUCAGACGGGGGUCUCCUAGCUACAGACUUUCUACAGCUAAUAGAAAGGGAAGCAGGGACCUUGUUAAAAUCAAACCGAACUUAAUACUUUACAUGUCAGAUGCUUUAACGUUUUUUCUUCUUUUCUGGUAUUCUUAAUAAAAGGUGUUAACAAAA